UCAAUAUUCAUUUCCUCAUCGACCCACAGCGCACGUUAGUCUCUACCAGCAGCUCCUUCGCUAGCCCUAGGGUUUACUUUCCUUUCUGGCUAACUUUUUCCUUUGAUUUUUCUUUCAAUUCAGUCCUUUUUUCCUCAUUCUACCAAAAGGAUGAAGAUCUACACUGGGAAUUCAUAAUUACAAAACCUGGAAACUGAAUUAGGGUUUUGAGCCAUUCUUUGGGGGAAAUUUGAAGGAUUUAUAUUUAGGGUUUUUGGGUUUGGUUGAUUUUUGGUGGAGAUUUGAACUUGGAAUCAUAAAGUUUGAUGCUUUUUUAGUUACUACACUUUUGUAGCAUAUGUGAAGUUUUAGGUUGUUGCUGUGAAAGAUUUCUAGCUGGUGCUUAAGCUUGAAUUUUAAGGGUUUUUUUUUUUGGAUAUUUUGUUGAAGGUUUUGAGUGGUUUGAUUUUGUGGGUGUUUGGAAAACUUGGGGUUAGUUUGUUGUGGUUCGGUUUUGUGGUGAAAUGGAUAAUUCGAAGAAUCGGCUUAAUGAUCAUCUUGGUGUGAACAAAAUCGGGAAGAAUAUAAAGAAGAGCCCGUUGCAUCAACCUAAUUUCGCUAAUAAUGCAACUAGGCAACAGCCUCAGCCUCAAGUUUACAAUAUUAGCAAGAAUGAUUUCAGGAACAUUGUUCAACAACUCACUGGUUCACCGUCACAUAAUGAUCCUUUGCCAAGGCCUCCACAGAAUCCACCAAAACCCCAAAGUAUGAGGUUGCAGAGAAUUAGGCCUCCACCAUUGACACCAAUCAAUCGGCCUCAUAUUCCUCCCCCGGCUCCUGUCCCUGCCCCUGUUCCUGCUCAUGCACCGGCUCCGGUUCCACCUCCUGGUCCAUAUAAUAACCCUGGCUUAGUUAGGCCUGGACCACCUGGUCAAUAUGGACAACCACCAUCUACAAUGAUGCAACCUAUGGUUCCUGGUGAUGCUCCAUGGGCAAACACAGCUGACUCUCCUAUAUCUGCUUAUAUGCGAUAUCUUCAAACUUCUCUUAUAGAUCCAAGUCCAGUUGGAAAUCAAGUUCAACCUCAACUACAUCCGCUGGUUCCAGGGCAACCUCACCUUCCACCACCGUCUUCCGGUUUACUUCCUAAUCCACCAAUGCCGGCUCUUCCUUCACCAAGAGGAGUAAAUGGUCCUGUACCAAUGGCACCUAAUCUCCCUCAUCCACGUAUGAAUGGUCCCAUUACACCAAUGUCCAAUCUGCCAUCACCACGAAUGAAUGGACCUGGCCUUUUACCUUCACCAACUUCUCAGUUCCUUUUGUCAUCACCUACUGGCUAUAUGAAUUUGUUGUCCCCUCGCUCCCCUUACGGUUUACUUUCUCCCGGGGUUCAAUUUCCUCCACUUAGUCCUAAUUUUGCUUUCUCCUCCAUGGGUCAACCAGGGGUUUUAGGUCCAGGGCCUCAACCUCCACCAUCUCCUGGUUUUUUCCCAUUGUCACCUUCUGGUUUUUUUCCCUACCCCAGUCCAAGAUGGAGGGAUCAAUAAUCCUAGUUCCAUACUCGUUGAGGAAAUUGGUACCUUUUUCAUGCUCGAUCGAUUUCAAGUACAAUGUAUACUGCUCAUGUAAGUGUUUUCUUUAUUUUCUUUCUGUCUUUUGUAUUGUCCAUAUUGAUUUCGCAAGUUUGCACUUAGGCUUUUAUAACUGCUGCAAUGCUCUUUGUAUCCUCGGGACAAGUUUUACAUAGGAAUAUAGUGAAGAUAUUGGAUAACUUUUGAGUUUGAACAUCCUGACAGCAUCUGUAAACAUGAAAGGAGGGUCGCACUCUUAGGAUCUCAGGUAAAAAAAGGAAAAUUCGUAGGUAGGUAAUUUAGUUGAAAAGUUCUUAUGUUAUUGUAUUGUUGUGUAUCGAAUCCUAGUUAGUUUUAGUUGAAUUCUUGUUCAUUUGAAUGAGCUUGUGGCAAUAAAAUAUUCAAGCACUCUUCAUUA